AUUACACAACACUUGUAAAUAAUGCACCAAAACUUGUACAUAUCAACUCUCUAUAUGAACCCCUACCCAUAUGUUUUUGUUUCACACUUCAAAACAAUUAUUAAAAUUCCACAUUCUCAAAUUCUUUUUUUCUGUUAUGGACACACUAUAUGUAACAGCUAUGAAUAACUACCCCAACAGCUAUAACCACCACACAGUUCAAUCGCCUUUUGACCAAACAGCUCAAGUAGCUCUCUUGAAUUAUAACCCGAAUGACCCGAUAUCCGAGUUUGAUCAAGGUCCGUGUCCAUCGACAUUUGUCGAUGGAAACGGGCCUGAUAUUCCAGAUAACUAUGAUUCUGUUCUUAAGUAUUUGGACCAAAUGCUAAUGGAAGAAGAUGACUUGCAACUAAAGCCAUGUAUGUACAACGAGUGUAUGGCGUUACAAGUCGAAGCGGCUGAAAAAGCGUUGUACGACGUUCUUGUCAACAAGCAGCCCGCGGAUAUUCCAGAUUGUUCAACUGGAACUGACAGCAGUGGAGACAGUAUUGUUUCAAGGGUUCCUUGGUUUGAAAACUGUAGUUACUCCCCCGGAGAAGUCUUAACUACUCAUCUCCAGGGGAGUAACUUAAACUAUAGUAGAAAAAGAAGCCCGGAUCAAGAAGAAGGGCGAGAGACGAAAAUAACAAACAUUUUAAAUGAAGAAUUUGAUCAGCCUCAACAAUAUGAUGAAGAUCUGUUACUUUAUGAUCACGAACCACGAGCCAAAAAGACAAACGAAUCGAAAAGAGGAAGACCACGAGGAAAGAAAAACACGAAUAAUCAAGAAAUCAUGGUUGAUUUAAGAGAUUUGCUAACUCAAUGUGCCCAAGCAAUCACAAACGCUAAUCAUGGUUCGGCGUGUGAAGUUUUGAAGAAAAUCAAAGAGCACUGUACUCCAAAUGGAGAUUCUACUGAAAGAUUGGCAUAUUAUUUUGUAACAGCGAUAGAAGCCCGUUUGUUAGGAACUGGCCCAGAGAUUUACCGAGAGUUCAAUCUAAAACAGUUUCCAGCUGCUCAGAUUUUAAGAGCCCAUCAUUCUUUUAUGAUGGCUUGCCCGUUUCACCGAAUGACAAAUAUUUUAGCAAACGGGUCAAUUGGGAAACUGUCACAAGGGAAAAAUAAACUUCACAUUAUAGAUUUUGGUAUCUUAUAUGGGUUCCAAUGGCCAUGUUUUAUCAAGAAGUUGUCUAUGAGGCCCGAAGGCCCGCCAAUGCUUCAGAUUACAGGCAUUGACCUUCCCCAGCCGGGUUUUCGUCCAGCAGACCGGGUUGAGGAAACCGGUAGACGACUGGCAAAAUACUGCAAAAGGUUUAAUGUGCCUUUUCAGUAUAACAGUAUAGCAAAGAAAUGGGAAGAUAUAACGAUUGACGACCUGAAACUUGAAAGAAAUGAGGUCACUGUGGUCAACUCAGUUAACAGGCUGCAGAAUAUGCUGGACGAAACCGUCAUAGAGAGCAGCCCAAGAGAUACAGUCUUGCAGUUAAUCAGAGAGAUCAACCCGGACCUGUUUGUCCUCGGGGUUCUGAAUGGGACUCACAAUGCACCAUUCUUGCUGAACCGGUUCAGAGAGGCUCUAUUCCAUUACUCGACUUUAUUUGACAUGCUUGAUAACACAGCAGAUCGAGAAUGUCAAUAUAGACUAUUGUACGAACAAGAGGUGUUCGGAAGGGAAGUGAUGAAUGUGGUGGCAUGUGAAGGGACUACUAGAGUUCAGAGACCCGAGACGUAUAAGCAGUGGCAAUCGAGAACCAUUCGGGCCGGGUUUCGACAGGUCCCGAUGUAUCGGGAUAAAUUAGAAGAAGUGAAGAGUAAGGUUAAGUUGCAUUACCAUAAAGAUUUCCUGGUGGAUGAAGAUGGUAAAUGGAUGUUACAAGGAUGGAAAGGGAGAGUUAUUUAUGCAUGUUCUUUAUGGAAACCUGCAUAAAAGAUGUAAAACCCUAGAAGCAUAUUUAAUAUUGUUCAUGUCUUAAUUUAUUUUUUUGCAAUUCUAGUCUGUAUCAAGAUCAAAAAAUUUUUAGUGUU